UUUAAAUUUACCACAAGAAGGAACCAAGUAAAACAAUCACUUGUCAAGUUAGGCUGUGAAAUUUGUAUUAUUUACAUUGCAAAAGCAUGGGAAGCUCACAUAGCGUGUUUUCAGAACAAGAAUUGACCGAUUAUCAGGAUUUGACAUAUUUCACUAAGAAAGAGAUCCUUCAUGUUUUUAAGAGAUACAAGGAUUUAUAUGAGAACAGCGCUGAUGAAAAUACUAAAAAGACAUCAAUUCUGGAUAAAGAGAAGAUUUUAAAACUACCAGAAUUAAAGGUUAACCCUUUCAGUGACAGAAUUGUAAAAGUUUUCUCCUCAAGCGGAGAUGGAAACAUGAAAUUUGAAGAUUUCCUGGAUAUGAUGUCUGUGUUCAGUGAUGGUGCACCCAAGAAUGUAAAGGUUGAAUAUGCAUUCAGAAUUUAUGAUUUUGAUGAAGAUGACAUGAUUUCCAGUGAAGACUUGAAAGUAGUUGUAGACAGAUUGACAGGUGAACAAAACCUGAGUAAAGAUGAGAUGCAACAACUGAUUGACAAUAUUCUUGAAGAAGCUGACUUGGAUGAUGAUGAUUCCCUGUCUUUUGCUGAGUUUGAACAUGUGAUAUCAAAGGCACCAGAUUUUGUGAACUCCUUUAGAAUUCGGCUGUAGAAUCGAUUGAUGAUCAGAAAAAGAUCUGUGAUAGAAGUGACAAUCAAUCCAUCAGACAACUGUAAUAGUGUUCUCUGUAUAGACUCUGUAGCAUUUAAUAGUUAUACAAUGUUAUCUUUAUUAUUACUAACAGAAAUGUAAUAUACAAUAUUUUUAUACAAACUUGUCAAUAAGACUCAUUCUUUUAACAUGUUUAUAAUCACAGUUAAUGGUCUAACAAGAUAAUGGUAUUCAUUUUUUUUUAAUCCAGAAAAUGCAUCCUCAAAAUUUAAAUUUUAAUAUUGAAAAUUAUUCAGUAAUUAUAUGUAAUGUCACCUUUGAUAUUUUGAAUUUACUGUCUUUAUCAGCAAAUUAGUUCAAUUUCUCAAGUAUACCAUUCUUGUUUUUUUUUCAGUUUCAUUGCAAUUCUUCAAUCUUCUAUAGUACAAAAUAGUCAGCAAUGUUUAGGUCACUAUAACCUACAUUUAGUUGAUAUUUAUUUAUACAAAAACUCAUGUUGUUGUUGAGGGCAUAGGUAUCUUGUAGACACAUUUUCUUCUUAUAUGUUGUCUGACCAUGUUACAUUCAAACUAAGAAUGGAUUCAUUUAUUAUAGCAUUAUAUGUAUAUAUUCUAUGCAAUAGUUUGUGUGUUCUCAGGUUUUUUCCUGGAUUUUUCUUUAUAUAUAGAUACAAGUUUUUUAUUCAGUUGUAGUCACAUGAAAAGGAAAACUGUAUUCUUCGACAUUUUAUUUGGACAUUUUUAUUUGUAUAAAUUGUUUGAUUUUAUAACAGUUUCACGGAAUAUUGAUACAUCAGAAUAAGUUUGAGGAAUUUUAGCAUCAUGGAACCUUGAUGCUAUAAUUUUUAAUAUGGUUCUAUCAGGAACUGAAUUUGGAUUAAUGCAGAGAUAUAAAAUCUCUACAUGUAAUAUACUACAAUGUACUAAAUUUCCUUUUUGUAUUACAGUAGACUCCGGCAAAUCGGAUACCCAAAAUGUCAGCUAAAAAUAUCCGAUUACCCGAUAUAUUCAAUUAGACGAUGAAUGUAUAUUCAUUGAAUAUUCUGCAAUAAUGAGUAGAUAUAGUCCUGAGAUGUUACUAACCCUGACAAUUGCUAAAUAUGGGAAAGGGCUGGAGGAUUGAUGGAGUGAUUUUUAUCAGUUACAUCACCACGAUGUUUGUGUAAAAAAUUAUCAGCUGAUUAUGUAAUGAUUAAAUUUGUUUGCAGUUUUUAAAUCCUUUAUUUAUUAAAAUAAAUCAAAUGUCUUGAAAUAUUUAUGUGAAUUAUUAUCUACCAUCCAUAGUUUGUCUUUAUUUGUUUUGUAAGCAAAUAAUUAUAAAUAUCCAUUAUUUACAUUAUCACACAGGUAAACUAAUUUGGCUAUAAAUAAAUCUAAGCAUGUCUGUGUAGAAUCUCCAAACUAAAAUCGUAUUUGUUAUAAUUUUAUUUCUUUAAAUAAUCAAAUUUAAAUUUAUGAAAAUAAUCAUGAUUGAUAAAAUAUUAUUGCAUAAAGUUUAUGUUUUCUUAAGACUAUUUAUAUUUAGGUCAUAGUUCUAGAGGCUUUCUCACAAAUUUGUAAACAUCCAAAAUGGCAUCCAUGACAUGUGGUUACUUUUGCACAUGUGAAAAAAAUAUAUCUGACAAAAGUCAGAUUUCUCUUGUCAAAAGGGAUUUAUAUUUAUAUUGCAAUAAAUUAUUCAGAAGGAGGUACAUUCAGUUUAGAUUAUAUUUCUGAUUCUGUGAACAUUUAGAGUUAAUCAAAAUUCUCCAAACAGCAACGUCAACUUGUCAACUGAGUCUUGCAUAUUUUAUAAAUAAAUUCAAACCAUUUGAAGUAAAAGGGCAUCUAAUUCACAUGACAUAGGAAGACAAUGAUUAAAGACAACAAUUUAUUAAGAAAUAGUUCCUUUUAUUUAGUAAAAACAAAAUCUUCUUGUCUGCAAGAUUGUAAAUUCGUAACUUCCAGGUCCAUUUCCUGUCAGAAAAACAUUGGAAAUAUCCGAUUGUGCAUGGUUUUGAACAAAAUGACCUGAAUAUUCUUAUCCGAUUUGCCGAUAUAUUCUUAUAUCCGAUAUUCGAUUACACGAUAAAAUUAACAUUAAACAUAUAGGGAAGGGUUUGGUGUUUUGAAAUAAUAUUACAAUAGCCGAUAUAUUCGUUUAGCUGAUAUCCGAUUAGGUGGAGUCUACUGUAUUUUGUCUUAACAGUUAUAAAUAUAAUUUUCAAUGAUCAAUGCUGUUUUCCUAUUACGGUAAUGAUAUUACUGUUGUUCAGUCAAUGUAAAUUAUGUAAUAUAAUUUGUUGAGGAUUGACUGUUUGAAACUUUUCAUUUGGUUCAAAACAUAAAUGGGAAUGUUUUUGAUUCUGUAGUUGUAAGUAAAUGACAAUUUUUGUUCUAGCUAAUUAUGCUAUGUGUUCUUUUUUGCUUGAAAAUAGUUUUCUUUCACAGAUAGAAAUGUUUUACUUCCUAAUUUUAGCAUUUUAUUUGGAAAUAUUUUUAUCAUUUUACAUUAGAAUUUGGUUUAUAUAUUACAAAUUGUUACUUGUUGAAUUCCAUAUGUACUAUGUUUAAUUUUAUUAUAUGUUAUAUUUAUAUAAAAUGUAUAUUUAUUCUAUGGCUUCAUAGCCACAAGGUUGUAAAAAUAAAGAGGUAAUAGUAACCUUUAUGGUUUAUACUACAGAAUAUUAAAGAUUCUUCAUAUAUAAAUGAAACACAUUUGAAGACAUUGUAAUACUUCUUUGAAAUCUUUUAUAAAAUAAUUAAUGCAGAUACUGUGGAUUUAUUUAUCUUCAUCUGUACCAAACUCUGUGGAUUAAGGAGAGAUUCUGUUGUCAUGGAUACUUGAUUCUCUGGUUUUGACAAAUUCUCAAUACAAGUCUAAAGGAAAUUCCUAUUUUUUUUAUCACUGAAAUUCCUGGUUAACCUUUACCAAUAAUGAAUAAUUUAAUUUUGGAUGUAACACGUCUUCUGAUUGGCUGACGUUGUUUUGUUUAUCAGCUCAUAGACAUACUUUUGUCAUGUGACCGUGACGUCAUCAAUCGAAAUAACAUAAAAAAUGUGGUGCACACUUUAAAAUAACCCGCUAUGCGGGUUAUUCAGUGUGCACCACAUUUUUGAUGUUAUUUCUUCAUAGACAGAAAAAAAAUUACAGUCAUUCCUUAAAUAAUAAUAGAUCCACAGUACAGAAAUUCAAAUCUAUUAUAUUAAUUACAGAGGACUCAAAUAGGCUCUACUUAUAAGUUGAAUAACCCUUUUUCAGACAGUUCUUUAACAACUACUGCAAGACUGCCAAGGAAGGGAAUGACAUGUCUUUUUUGCAUGUAAAUUUUUGUAUAAUGUUUGUAUUCAAUAUGUACUGUAUUCAUCAUACUGUUUUCUUGAAAGAAAGAAAAAUAAACAAUCAUUUGUUUUAAA